CUAUUUAUAUAUGCCGCAUUUCUCUAUAACUUAGGAAGUCACACUAUCCUUUUAUUUGUUUCCCUUGCCAACAACACCACCACGAAUGACUCUGCACCAAAGAAAGUCUGUCAGAUAUAAGAUAAUCCUUAGGAACAGCGCUCGCAAUAUGAUUCUUGAGACAUGGACAUUACUAGAGACUUUCUUGGUAGUGAUACCUGCAUCCAAUUUCUUGCUCCCACAGCAAAGUAUUGGAUAUAGUAUCGUGGAUAUAGUAUCGAGGAAUUUUGCUCCAAAGACCAGAAUCCUUAUUGAUGAGACCAUGUCACUUGUGACUACACAUGGAUAUAAAAGUCCACAAUAGCGAUGAGCGCAUGAGCUACUUAGACGAGCUCACAGAUGGGCAUCCUGGAGGGAUAGCAGCAUUAGUCAAUUUCCUUUAUUCUGUAGGUACUUUACUAGUCUUGGUCCCAGCCUGGAAAGUCAACAGGUUAGCUUUACAACUAUAAUAACGAAAGAUCAUCUUGAUGAUUUGAAGGAUGACGCUGAAGCUUUCUAUUAUCUAUGAACCAGCCGGUUUCUCGCUUGUUUCCUGCUGGAACGCACCUGAUAUAUGAAGCUGCUGAGACAUUGCGCAAGAUUAGAGGAGGGAAAUAUAUGAUUUGAUCGUAAUAAUGUGAGCAUGUGCUAUGUUACCAGAGAGGCUGGCUCACUGGAUGAGUGGGAAAAUUCAAUGAAG